CGUCCCGCCCCCUCGCGCUGCCAUACGCGGGCGGGCCAACAUCCGAGGACUCUGGCCUCGAGUAACCCGCUCCCUUGACCUUUCCGCACCCCACACGCCGAAGCCGGAGCGGCGUCUGCCCGGUCGUUGCGUGUCCGCCGCCCACGCCGAGCCCCGCAGCCCCCUAACCACGCGCAGCUGCAGCCCGCCGCUCGUCAUGGCGGCCCUCAGCAAGUCCAUCCCUCAUAGCUGUUACGAGAUCGGCCACACUUGGCACCCCUCCUGCCGGGUCUCCUUCCUGCAGAUCACUUGGGGAGCCCUGGAGGAGUCCCUCAAGAUCUACGCACCCCUGUACCUGAUUGCAGCUGUUCUCCGGAAGCGGAAGCUGGAGUAUUACCUGUACAAGUUGCUCCCUGAGAUCCUCCAGUCCGCCUCCUUCCUGACUGCUAAUGGCGCCUUGUACAUUACUUUCUUUUGCGUUUUAAGGAAGAUACUUGGAAAAUUCUACUCAUGGACUCCCGGCUUUGGUGCUGCUCUACCAGCCUCAUACGUGGCCAUUCUAAUUGAAAGGAAAAGCAGGAGAGGGCUGCUCACAAUUUAUAUGGCCAACUUGGCCACAGAAACACUGUUUAGAAUGGGUGUUGCAAGAGGAACCAUCACAACAUUAAGAAACGGAGAAGUCCUUUUGUUCUGCAUCACAGCGGCCAUGUACAUGUUCUUUUUCAGGUGCAAGGAUGGUUUGAAAGGCUUUACGUUUUCUGCACUUAGGUUUAUUGUAGGGAAGGAAGAAAUCCCCACACAUUCUUACUCCCCAGAGACAGCGUAUGCGAAAGUGGAACAGAAGAAGGAGAAGCACAGGGGAAAGCCAAAAGGAAUGAACAUAGUCGCCCUGGUCAGGAGGCUGGUGGACUCCAUAUGCAAGCAUGGACCAAGGCAUAGAUGCUGCAAGCAUUAUGAAGACAACUGCAUCUCCUACUGCAUUAAAGGUUUCAUCAGAAUGUUCAGCGUGGGCUACUUGAUCCAGUGCUGCCUCCGGAUCCCCUCUGCAUUCAGGCAUCUGUUUACAGAACCAUCCCGGCUCCUCUCUCUCUUCUACAACAAAGAAAACUUCCAACUGGGGGCUUUUCUUGGAUCUUUUGUUAGUAUAUACAAGGGUACAAGUUGUUUCCUCCGCUGGAUCAGGAACCUGGAUGAUGAGCUGCACGCUAUUGUGGCCGGGUUUUUGGCAGGUGUAUCAAUGAUGUUUUAUAAAAGCACAACAAUUUCCAUGUACCUAGCUUCCAAACUGGUAGAGACAAUGUAUUUCAAGGGCAUCGAAGCUGGAAAGGUUCCCUAUUUUCCUCAAGCAGAUACUAUCAUCUAUUCCAUCUCUACAGCAAUCUGUUUCCAUGCAGCUGUUAUGGAAGUUCAGAACUUGCGACCAUCUUACUGGAAGUUCCUUUUAAGGCUCACCAAGGGCAGGUUUGCGCUCAUGAACCGGAAAGUCCUGGAUGUGUUUGGCACUGGUGCGUCUAGAGAAUUUCACAAUUUCAUCCCCAGACUAGACCCACGGUACACAGUGGUCACCCCGGAGCUGCCCAUAGACUUUUCCUGAAGAUGACUGUAACUUAUUGACUGAGCACCAUUUUCUCCUGAAGAGUCAAUUAUGUUCAACACAGAAGGGGCCCAAGCUGAACCUCAGUGUUACUUCAACGAGAGAUGCUUUUUCUUUCUUUCCGUAUCAAUCAGAAAUACAGAAGCUUUUUAGAAAGGCGUUGCUUAAUAAUUAAGCUUCCUCUGUAGCCAGAAUCUCAUUCUGGAUCAUGUAGUGUUGACAUUAUGAUAUAUUGUUGAUUAAAUUAUGUCCACAAAGAAUAUUGAAUAAUCUAUGUAGAAAUAUAAUAAUAAGAGUAUACUUAAAAUUACUUUAAAAGAUGUCUUUUGUUCAUUCCAAUAGAAUUCUUGGUCAAAGCUAAGAAUAUUUCUACACGUUAGGAUUUACAAAGGAUCACGGGUACAUGGAUUCGGGCUGUGAUUUUUAAGCUAUUGAAUGGAUUUCUUUAGCUAUGGUGUGUUGGAAAUGUGCA